AAUCUCGAUUACCUCCGAUCCAUGAUUCAAGAGCGAGAAGGCAUGCCUCCAGAGAUACAGCGAGUCAUCUUCUCCGGCAAACAGCUGGACGGCUGCGUACCACUUUCAAACUUCGGAAUCCAGAAUGGAUCUCAGAUUUACCUGCUGCGUAGACUUGUCGGCGGC